GCAGCUGCUACAGAAACAUGGCUCCGUCCUGUGUACUGCAGCGUUGUACUGUUCAGCUCCUGCGCUGUGUACUGAGGACUUCACCUCCUCACAGGCUUGCUGCACCUCUCUGCACUUCAGUCUCUUCGGAAAGAGUGCACAUUAAUGGUGUCAAUCUACAUUUCCAGCGCACGGGAGUUGGUGAUCAUGCAGUCCUGUUACUUCCUGGAGUACUAGGAAGCAGUCAGACAGACUUUGGACCUCAGCUCAAAGAACUUAAUAAAAAUAUGUUUACAUUAAUUGCAUGGGACCCUCGAGGAUAUGGACUCUCCAUUCCACCACAUCGAGACUAUCCUAUGGACUUUUUUGAAAAGGAUGCAAAAGAUGCCGUAGACUUGAUGCAGGCCCUACAAUUCAAGACAUUUUCAUUACUAGGGUGGAGUGAUGGUGGUAUAACUGCAUUGCUUGCUGCGGGAAAGUACCCAUCUCUAAUCAAUAAACUUGUUGUCUGGGGAGCCAAUGCCUAUGUGACUGAAGAAGAUCUGAACAUUUAUAAUGCUGUAAAAGAUGUGGCAAACUGGAGUCAAAAGAUGAGACAGCCCAUGGAAGAUUUAUAUGGAAAGGAGUAUUUUGCAAACACAUUUUCUGCUUGGGUUGAAGCUAUCAGUCUGUUUGUGAAUGUAUCUGAUGGUAAUAUAUGCCGACAAUUGCUACCCCAAAUUGAUUGUCCAACAUUAAUAAUUCAUGGUGUCAAAGACCCAAUGGUUCCAUCAUUUCAUCCAGAAUAUCUUAACCAGCACAUUAAAAACUCAAGAUUGCAUCUGAUGCCAAAUGGCAAACAUAAUCUUCACCUGAGAUAUGCUAAAGAGUUUAACAGUUUAGUUGAAGAAUUUCUGCUCUUACCAUGAUGUUUCAGAAGAACAGGACUACGAUGAACUCUAUUGGGAAAUAAUUGUAUAUUUU